AUAGUGGGGUUUGUAGAAGAGAUUAUGGGGUCUAAAGAGAUAAUGAGACCCGAAGAAGAGAAAAUGGGGUGUGUAGAAGAGAAAAUGGGGUUUGCAGAAGAGAUAAUAGCCCAGGAAGAAGAGAUGGGCCAUGAAAAAGAGAUGAAAGAUCCUGCAGAAGAGAAAAUUGGGAUUGUAGAAGAGAAAGGAGGCUAUUUAGAAGAGAUAGAAGACGAUGCAGAAGAGACGCGGGUUGUAGAAGAGAUGAUGGGGCCUGUAGAAGAGAUACAAGACCCUGAAGAAGAGAUAUGUCCUAUAGAAGAGAUGGAACUUGUAGAAGAGAUGAGAAAUAUGAAAGAGAUUGUACUUGAAGGAGAAGAGAUGAGAGGAUUUGCAGAAGAGAAAAACCCUGUAGAAGAGAAAGAACCUGCAAUCUCUCAGCCUGUAGAAGAGAGACAGCCUGUAGAAGAGACUGGGCCUGUAAUCUCUCAGCCUGUAGAAGAGACUGGGCCUGUAAUCUCUCAGCCUGUAGAAGAGACUGAGCCUGUAAUCUCUCAGCCUGUAGAAGAGACUGGGCCUGUAAUCUCUCAGCCUGUAGAAGAGAGACAGCCUGUAGAAGAGACUGGGCCUGUAAUCUCUCAGCCUGUAGAAGAGACUGAGCUUGUAAUAUCUCAGCCUGUAGAAGAAACUGAGCCUGUAAUCUCUCAGCCUGUAGAAGAGACUGAGCCUGUAAUCUCUCAGUCUGUAGAAGAGACUGAGCCUGUAAUCUCUCAGCCUGUAGAAGAAACUGGGCUUGUAAUCUCUCAGCCUGUAGAAGAGACUGAGCCUGUAAUCUCUCAGCCUGUAGAAGAGAUACAGCCUGUAAUCCCUCAGCCUGUAGAAGAGAAAGAGCUUGUAAUCUCUCAGCCUGUAGAAGAGACUGAGUCUGUAAUCUCUCAGCCUGUAGAAGAGACUGGGCCUGUAAUCUCUCAGCCUGUAGAAGAGAUACAGCCUGUAAUCUCUCAGCCUGUAGAAGAGACUGAGCCUGUAAUCUCUCAGCCUGUAGAAGAGACUGAGCCUAUAAUCUCUCAGCCUGUAGAAGAGAUACAGCCUGUAAUCUCUCAGCCUGUAGAAGAGACUGAGCCUAUAAUCUCUCAGCCUGUAGAAGAGACUGAGCCUAUAAUCUCUCAGCCUGUAGAAGAGAUACAGCCUGUAAUCUCUCAGCCUGUAGAAGAGGCUGAGACUGUAAUCUUUCAGCCUGUAGAAGAGACUGUUCCUGUAAUCUCUCAGCUUGUAGAAGAGAAACAGCCUGUAACCUCUCAGCCUGUAGAAGAGACUGAGCCUGUAAUCUCUCAGCCUGUAAAAGAGAGACAGCCUGUAAUCUCUCAGCCUGUAGAAGAGACUGAGCCUGUAAUCUCUCAGCCUGUAGAAGAGAGACAGCCUGUAAUCUCUCAGACUGUAGAAGAUAUACAGCCUGUAAUCUCUCAGCCUGUAGAAGAGACUGAGCCUGUAAUCCUUAACCCACAAGAGCCUGCACUUGUAGAAGAGAAAGGCCCUGCAAUUUUUCAGCCUGUAGAAGAGAAGCAGCCUGAAAUACAUAACCCUACACAAGAGCCUGUAGCGAAGGUCGAGUUUCAGCCUGUAGAAGAGAAUGGACCUGUAGAAGGGACUGUAACUGUACUUGAAGGCUUUAUAGAGGACCUCCAGCCUGUAAUUGUAAUAGAUAGGCAUGUAAAGGUUGUCCAGCCUGCACCACAGAUACAAGUCAGGCCACAGACUGCAAUUGUAGCACCCCACAUCCCUCUGCAGGCUGAAAAUGGACUUGUAAUACAGGCUACAGGUCAAGGUUUCAUAGAAGGACAGCCUGUAUUUGAUGAUUCUGCAGUUUCACAGCCUGUAACUAAGAUUUAUAAGGAGAUACAGCCUGCAGGUCAAGAUUAUGUAGAGAAGCAGGCUGUAAUUGAAGGUCCUACAGAUAUACAGCCUGCAAAUCAAACUUCUACACUCACACAGCCUGUAACUAAAAUCUAUAUAGAGAAACAGCCUGCAGGUCAAGAUUAUACAGAGAAACAGCCUGUAAUUCAAGAUUCUAGAGAUAGACAACCUGUAUUUCAAAGUUCCACAGAGAUAGAGCCUAUAAUUGAGACUUCCACAGACGCACAGCCUACCGAACAGGCUCCAACGAGGACACAGACUGCAGAGAGCCAGCCUGCAGUUCAUAUAUCCACAGAUCUGCAGCCUGUAAUUGAAACACCUAUAGAAAAGAAGGCUGCAGGAGAGGGAAGAACAGUAGGCAUUCAGAGGCCUAUACAGAACCCUAAAAUUUCACCUGAUAGGCCUACACUGCCGCAGAACACGAGAAGGAAGCGAAAACACGAAGCAGAAAAUAGGACAAGAUUUCUCGCCAAGUCUAAAAGUGAAACGGAGACCUUUCACAAACUCAAAGUGAAAAAGUUAGGAAAAAUGUCACUUCUGGCUUCCCUCGGCCCUUCAUACUGCUGCAGAAGGCGCCGAAGAGGAUGUGGGGGGAGACUGAGGGAGAUCCACCGCCCAGAACACAUGGAAAUUGUAAAAAACUAAAGAGAAACAUUGUGGAGAUUGAAAUAACCACAUUCGAGAAGUCCUCCUUUCAAUCUGCCUGCGCUUCACUUCUAAAGAAAACGGGAUUACAUGACACGAGCCACAUAUCAGCCUUCUCCUAUCCUUCCUCCUCCUCCUCCUCCUCCUCCUCCUCCUCCUCCUCGCCAUGUAAGAAGGAAGGAAGGAAAACACUCCCUUUUAAACGCAAAAGGGAGAGCGAAUGGAUGGAAAUGAAGAAA